UGCUAAGCAUUGUUUCAUUGCAUACUCUAUGCUUAUUGGCAGCAUUCGACGUUUUUUCUUUCCCCUAUUUUUUGUUUCCCUCUUACCAUAUCCUUCGUCAACAACUUGAAUUAUUAGAUCGUAUUCUCCUUAGGCAUCAUGGCGUCCGUGAACGACUAUCACCUCACGGCGAAUAUCGCCCCUGGUGCUGGCCGACAGACCCAGCAUCAGCGGUCUAAGUCGAGCAUCCUGAAAUCAUUCAUCCAUAAACGCACGAAUUCCGAUGGAUCUCCUCUACCACCCACAGACCUUUUGUCCUCAGCAACACCUGCUCUGGCUUCGGAUUUUCAAUACUCGCCUCACGAACACGAGAUGGGCAAUUUGUUCUCUCGCCCUAUUGCCUUAGGCGAGAUCCCGCAGAACUCCACACGAUCACCAACCAAAGAGCCGCCAAGUACUUCCUCGUCACCGACCAAGAAGGGAUUUAGUAGCAUUAAGCAGCCAAAGCAAAGCUCCGCCAAACCCAAGAAGAUCAAGUCGGCUACAAAUCUCAUCGGCCUUCUAAGUCGCCCCAAAAGUUCGAAGAACUUAAAAGGACAGUCUGUAGAAGACGAAGACCGAUCCAAGCAGAGGAACAAGGAAAAUCAGCCUCCUCAAAAUUCUCAAGAAUCCCAAGUUCCCCAACUUGUUACCCGUCCUCCUAUUUAUGCCCAAUUCUCCAGUGGUGCGAUAGAAAAACAAAACGAACUAGAUCACGUAAAAACCCAGAAUCUUCAUAGAUACUCCACCAACAACCAAUCCUCAUCCAAUAUGGGAUCAGGCAAUCGAUCAGCCAAAGAGCGACCCAAGUCAUACCAUGCGCCUAACAUGCAGUCCGCUGAUAUGAAGGCUGCAUCGGGCAGCGCGAAGGCCUCUAAGUCUAAGAUCCAGAGAGGCCUCAGAGCAUUGACCGGCAGCACCGAAUCACAGAGUAGACCCGUUUCAGCCCAAUCCGCCGAACCCGUACUCGAUCCGAAGGAUGUCGACGAGCAAUUCGAGGCAAUGCUUGAUCGACGCAACAUUCCCGAGCAUCAACGAUACAAGAUGCGAAGCUUAGCAGGUACCAUGAAGAUGGAAUUGAUUCGACAGGACUGGGCCGAGAGCCGAGGUACUACUGGUUUGCGGCCGGAUAGUGUUGGUAGCGAUUUCAGCUACAACGCUGCUCAAGUGCAGGCGCAAGCGCAAGCGCAGGAGCAAGAGAAGGUGAAGAAGUCACGCGGUCGAACUUUUACCAUGUCGAGAGGCAAGAAGUCGGAUUCCACUUCUCCCGUGAAGAAGCACAAGGGCGAAGGUUCCAUAGGACGGCACUUUCGAAGCAGGUCGACGGAUAGUGUGGCCAGUGAACGGCCUGUAUCUGGUGGAUCGGGCACGGGAAGCGGUAUCUUGUCGAGGGUAAUGCAGCAAGGACCCGUAGACUUCGUGAACUACCUGCGUAAGGUGCAGAAGCCACAGCUGGUAGAAGUCGGCAAGCUACACAAGCUCCGCUUACUGCUGCGAAAUGAGACAGUGACUUGGACGGAAGAGUUCAUUCGACAAGGUGGUAUGCAAGAGAUCGUAGGUCUCCUACAUCGUAUCAUGGAGGUCGAGUGGAGAGAAGAACAUGAGGAUGCCCUGCUGCAUGAGAACCUCCUCUGCCUCAAGGCACUCUGCACUACCGCUCUUGCAUUGCAGGAACUUCAUUCCCAUCAAGCAACACUAUUCCCGGCCCUCCUACAUAUGAUCUUCGACCCGGACAAGAAGGGCCCUAGCGAGUUUACCACACGCAACAUCAUCACGUCCGUGUUGAUGACCUACAUCCAGUCAGCUGCCCCGGCCGACCGCCCGGUUCGCGCCAAGACCGUACUUGGUCAUCUGCGUGAUCCCGAACAGAAGGAGGAAGAUCGUCCCCUCGGCUUCGUUCUCGAUAUGCGCCGAGAACGCCCAUACCGUAUGUGGUGCAAGGAGAUUUCGAAUGUCGUCAAGGAGGUCUUCUGGAUAUACCUGCACCGCAUGAACGUCGUCUACCUUCCGCGAGAUAAGGAGCCCAAAGAUGGCGCUGGUCCGUCGGGGAUAGACGGCGUGAGUUACAUGGAAACAUACUUCCCUAGAGAGAGAGCUCCUCAACCAGCUGCUCCCUACGUCGGCGGGGUAGAAUGGGAUGCUACAAAUUACAUCACGUCACACCUUGACCUCAUUAACGCCAUCCUCGCCUGCACCCCGACAGCAGAAGAGCGCAACAACAUCCGCGGCCUCCUGCAAUUAUGCGGAUUGGAGCGCACCAUGGGAGGUAGCAUGCGCCUCGCCAAGGAGAAGCUCUACCCCUACCUGCACGAGUGCCUACGAACCUGGGUCGCAGCCGCGGCCGAAGACGGUUGGGACGUGCGAGAUGUACGAUACGGUCCGCCAGCCACGCCCGCGGCCCCCAAGAGCCCGACGAAGAGGCAAGCGGGAGGCGGAGGAGCCAAUAACAAAGGCAAGACCAAGGUCGAGGAGCCGCCGCCCAAGAUCGACAUGCCUCAGUUCAACUUCGGACUAGAUUCUGAUGCGUCCCCAUCCCACCGCGCGGCUGCUCCCGCUGGCAAGUCCGGCGGGCACGACUGGCUCUCGUAACGAGGGACCUUGCUUAUGCGUUGAGCUGGAGAGGAUGACCCAGCACCAGUGGAGGGGAGAGGGGGGGUCACAAAGUUCGUUCCUAACAGGGAAAAUGACGGACGGCCCCGUAAGCCAU